AUGAAGUUAUUCGAACCGAUUCGACAAAAGUAUCUACAACAAAAUCGAAUGAAACGGAUGGUUAAUGAAGAAAAGAGUUUUUCAAUUGAGCAGAACUAUGUUAAUUUGGCGAUGGUCGAAACUAAAGAGCAACAAGCAAAAGAGAAGAAACUAAAACGACAAGACGAGCAAAAAGAUGCCAUUCUCGGAACUUACGAAGAGAUCUAUGGUAUCAAAACACCAGUUGAAGUGAAAAACCUUUUCGAAAAAUGUAAAGGUUCGACGAAGAAAGUGCUUGUACUUGGACGAGCUGGAAUUGGAAAGUCCACGUUUUGUCAAUACGUCACUUAUCUCUGGGCGAAAGGUGAACUUUGGUCUCAGUAUGAUCUAGUCGUUUUGAUUCACUUACGAAAAGUGACCGAUAGUCGUUAUCCAUCCACAGAAAACUACGCACCCGUCGAUCUCAUCAAGAUGGAGUAUUUUCCUUACGACGAUCUAUCAAGCGAGCAGAAGGAAUGCUUCAAACGACAACUGAAUUCAGGCAAAAUUCUAUGGAUAUUAGAUGGAUAUGAUGAGUUUGUCAAUAGCAUUUCAGAUCAAUUAAGAGAUGUCUUUGACUAUAUUCUUGAUACACAACAUCAUAUUCUUACGUCUCGUCCUUAUGCUAUUGCGUUAUCAUAUGAUGUAAAAAUCGAAAUUACAGGCUUUACAGACAAUAACAUCGUGAAGUACAUAGAAUAUUUCUUCGAACAGAUUACAAAUGAGAUACCAAACGCUCCAUUCGAAGGUCAAAAGCUACUCAAUUUCCUCAAAUCAAACUUCAGUAUUUGGGGUAUUUCUCAUAUACCUGUCAACCUAGAACUAAUCUGUAGUUUGUGGAGUGAUUCGAAUUGCUCCAAAAAAAACAUACUGACAAUGACGACAUUGUAUGAAAAUAUAAUCGAAUGGCUAUGCCGACGGCACUUACAAAAGAGAAACAUAAACCAUACUUCAAUGCGGAAAAAGAAGGUCUACGACCUGUGCAGUAAAGAAUUGCAGUUCUUAGGAACGUUAGCGUUCAAUGCAAUGAAAUACAAUGAAAUCGUUUUGUCAUCUACACUGCUAGAACAGAUCGAGAACGAAACUGCCUGCUACAUAGAUGAUAAUCCUCAACUACUCAACUUCGGAAUACUCAAAUCAUACGACGACAAGCCCACUGGUAACCAAAUACAAGCAGAAAAAGAGUUUUAUUUUCUACAUCUUAGCUUCCAAGAAUUCUUUGCCGCACGUCACUUACUUCAAAAACUUAAAAACUCAGAGAAACAUGAAACAAGCGAUUUUAUCAAUAGCCAUAGGUACAAUCGACGCUUUCUCUACGUUUUCAUUUUUGCAGCAGGUCUUCUCGCUCAAUCUGAAUAUCAGUCAUGUAUAGAGACAUUUUGGGAAGCGAUAGAAGAAGAACCCAUAGAUCUCGUCGGGAUAGUUCACAUAAAGCUGAUUAUCGAAUGUCUUGAUGAGCUUGAUGGCCAAAUACUCUUUCGACAAAGCGCCAUUUACGUAAAAUUAAUAUCACAAUGGUUAGAUAUCUGCAUCACAAAUAAGACAACCACGAUCUCGGAUCAUCUCUUAUACUCAUUAGGGCGUACCAAUUCAUUAUGCAAUAACUCUAUAAUACAGAACAAAUUUAUCGAACUCCUUGAUACUGAAGACGACGUCAUAAAACGUACUGUGUACCGCUUUAUAUCACAUAUAAAAAUGCACACUCCACUACCGAAACUAAUAUCUAAGCUACUUGAUACACUUCGCAAUAGCAACGAUCAUUUCCGAAGUUAUGCAUGUGAAGCGCUUGGAAAGAUGGGUGAAAAGGCAGCAACGAACGAAGUGAUCACUGCUCUCAUAGAUACACUUCGAGAUGAGGACAAGUAUGUUGCGAGCUGCAGUUGCGAUGCUCUUGGGAACAUAUGUGAAAAAGUAGCAAGUGACGAGGCUAUCAUUGGUCUGAUCGGUGCCCUUCAUGAUGGAAAUGAUUAUCUGAGACGCCGCGCGUGUAGUGCCUUAGGAAUGAUGGGUCAAAAAGCGGCAACAGAGGAUGUCAUCGCCACUAUAAUCGAUGCAUUUGAAGAUGAAAAUGAAGAUGUCAGAAACUGUGCAUGUGAAGCAUUCGUAAAGUUAGGUGAAAAAUCCGCAACCAAGCAGGUGAUCGUUAGUCUGAUCGAUGCAGUGCAAACUAGAGGCUGGAGCGUCAGAGUCUAUGGGUGUAUAGUCCUAGAAAUGAUAGGUGAAAAAGCAGAAACGAAGGAAAUUAUUGCUGGCUUAAUUAAUAUGCUUCAAGAUGAAGAUGAUAGUAUUGCAAUAUGGGCGUGUGAAGCUCUCCGAAAGUUAGCCGAAGCAGUAGCGACUGAUGAGGUUAUUGUCAGUCUGAUAGAUGCACUUAAGAAUGAGUACUGGGAUGUCAGAAGGUACGCGUGUAUUAGCCUUGGAAUGAUGGGUGAAGCAGCAGCAACAGAGAAUGUUAUUGUUGCUCUGAUGAAUGCACUCCAGGAUGAAGUGAUGGACGUCAGAAGCAGUGCGUUAGAGGCUCUUGGAAAGAUGGGCGAAAAAGCAAUAAUGGAGCCAAUAGUCAAAAGUCUGAAAGAUGCACUUCGUGACGAAUACUGGAAUGUUAGAAAGGGUGUAUGUGAAGUUUUUGCAAUGAUGGGUGAAAAAGUGGGAACCAAGGAAAUAACAGCUGAUCUGAUCGAUGUACUUCAGGAUGAAUACGAAGAAGUUAGAAGCUCUGCAUGUAAAGCUCUUACAAUGAUAGGCGAAAAAGCGGCAACAAAGGAUGCAAUCGCUGCUCUCGUCAAUGCACUUCGAGAUGAAGAUUGCAAUGUCAAAAGCUACGCAUGUAAAGCCCUUGGGAAAAUUAGUAGGAAAACAGUCACGAAGGAAGUUAUCAGUGCCCUCAUAGAUGCACUUCAGAAUGACAACUCCUGUGUUAGAAGUAGUGCAUGCGAAGCUCUUGGAAAUAUAGGUGAAAAGGCAGCAACAGACGAAGUGAUGGUUAGUUUGGUCGACGCCUUUCAGGAUCAGUGUGAAGAGGUCAGAAGUUGUGCAUAUAAAGCCGUUGGAAAUAUGGGUGCAAAGGCAAUAACAAACGAGGUAAUCAUUGGUCUGAUCAGUGCAUUUCAAGAUAUAUUUGCGACUGCGAAAAGUUGCGCAUAUGAAUCGGUUGGAAACAUAGGAGCAAAAUCGACAACGAGUAAAGUCAUUAUAGCUUUGGUAAACGCAUUUUCUUCGGCUUACAUCAAGUCAGAUGGUUACCCAUUCGCUUCAGCCUUUGAAAAAAGUUUUUGUUCUUAUCAUGCUAUGAAAGAAUUAGACUCUGAAAUUCUAUCAAAGCUGUUUCUGUGUAUCAGGCAGAAUAAGGACAGCCACUUGAGACAAAUGCCAGCAGAUCAAUUAAUCAAAUUAUUUUUAGAGACAAAUAACGAUGAUUGGCUUCCGUUGGCUACGUAUGGGGCGCUUUUGCAACAAGUCGCUGUAACUGUCAUUGAGAACAAGAUCAUGAUCUACCAUAUGAAUGAGAUACUUGAGUUGCCUGUGUUACAGCUAUCAACGAUAGAGAUUUUAGUAAAAGCGUUCAAGAAGCAAACGUUGGAGCUCGGACUUAAUUAUUCUGCCGUGUAUGAAGCUGAUUGA